UUCUCCUUCACUAGUAUUUGGUUUGGCGUCGCGUUUUCUGAACUUCGCACUAUUCUCUUUUAGCACUCUGAUCGCUGCAUUAGGGUUUUAUUCAACUUCAUUACUACCAAAUUCAUCAUCCAUCUUUUGGAACAAGAUUUAAAAAUUAUUAUAAAAAAAAAAACAGAGUUCCCAUUCCAAUGGUCGAGGGUUCUUCGCCUCACCCUCAAACUUCAUCACCCCCGGGCGGAUAUAAAGUUAAAGAUGCAAAUGAAGAUGAUCCGUUUAGGGACACUGCGCUCUUUGAGGAUACCUUAGUGCUCAAUAGUCCUUUCAGUGAAACAGAGGUUGAAAAUCUCAAUCUGGACACUGAGAUUGUAGAAGAUUCGGAACCUCCGGAUGACAUAACAACUGGUACAAUGUACAAGUAUGAACAAGAAGUAGUGCUUGAUAGUGAGGAUGAAGAAAUGAAUAAUAGAGAUACAGUAACUGUUGCCAAAGGAUUUCUUGAAACUAGUCCAACAGUGAAAAUUCCUUCAACCCUGUUCCAGAAGAGACGGUCCAAGCCAACUUCUAAGCAAGUAGAUCCAAAUGGCACCACUUUUGUGAAGUCUGCUGCUGGGCACAAAGGGGCUUUAGUUGAUGCUGGCAACUUUGAUGACCACAACCAUUUAUAUCUACCUGCACCACUAAAUUACGUUCACUCACCAGAGCCUGGGGAUUCAACCCAAGAUGCACUUGGCUUUGUGGAUCAGUACUUGUCAUCAAGUGACGUGGACUUGUUUCAAAGAAUUCAUUGUAGAAAGGCCACUAGGGAUAAAUCACCUCAUGUCCUGAAUGCAAGGGGACCACUAAAUCUGGCUAAGAAAAUUAAAGCUCGAACAAGUGAAGAAAAAGAACCUUUCAAUUGGGUUGACAGUAGCCAAAAUGACAAAAAAGCUGGCAUGUCUGGUAAAAAAAUUGAAGCAUCUUCUAAUUUUGGAAGAUACAAACAGACAUAUACAAGACAGAAAAAGAGUGACCGUCUUCAGAGCCAAGAAAACUGUAGUACAAGCAAUAGAUGUGAUGAGAAGUUGGGCCAAGGUCUGAGAAUGGAAACUGAAAAUAAUAACUCUCUCAAGGAGUUGGAUGUUCAGUCAAGUGCUAUAAAAGAGAAUGUUAAUGUUUAUUCUGGUGUAACACAUAUUGAAGACACGUCUGAUAUCGGUUUAGACACUCAAAUAGCUGCUGAAGCUAUGGAAGCCUUGGCCGUUGUUCCCCCUUCUGGCUGCUAUUUCAAUGAUACUCAUCAAACAGGUAAUGCAUUUGAUGGCUAUUUAAGUAAUUUGACAGAGAAUGAAGCUCAUAUGAAUUUUUUUACAUAUAGACAGCAUCCUGCUAGCACAAUAAAAUUAAAUAGGAAAAAUGCACCUUCAUCUAGAUUUAGUAACAGAACAUCUAGCUCAUCUUGCAUGCACACUAACAAGCAGGAGCCAAAUCCUGUCUCAGGGAAAACGAAAAAACUGAUGAAAAGCAAGUCAACUGCCGAGGGACAGUUUGACAAUAAUACUAGUUCACCAAUAUGCAGUAGACAUGUAUCACUUGAAGAGGUUUGCCCACUGGGAGAGUAUGUAAGUUUUCAAUCUGCUGUAGUAGAACCCAAAAAUUGGAAUAACGAGAGCAGACAGACAAGAACCAAAAAUCAAUCAAGCCAUCGCACAGUGAGGAACAAUAAUGUCAAGGAGAAGGGUACUAUUAAACAGGAAAGGAAGGGGAAUGGUUUAGUGGCUGAUCCGAUGAAGUUGGGUGAUAGGACAAAGUGUCUUAAUUUGCCUACCAAUUCAUGUGCAGUUGCUAGGAAAAGCAGGUUGAAUCAUCAGGCUCAAGUCAGUCCUCAAUUAUCUGUAACCACCAGUUUUUCAAGGACUAAUUCUUGGGUUUAUGCAAAAAGAUCAAGGGGGAAAAGAAAGAGGUCUAAUGUGUCAAUCAAUCUUGAUGCACCUAAAGUUUCGUGUAUUGAUGAAAAAGAAAAUAAUGUCUUCUCUGCUAGAAGCCCAGAGGACCAAGCUGACAUGGAUAAAUCAAGUUUUCCUCACGCCCAUCCACUUUGCAAUGCUUCAUGUGUUGACAAUGGCAGAUGCUUGUUACAGGGUAACUUUGUUCACCCAUGUUCAGCUGGUGAUGCGAUGAAGGUUGAAAACCUGCAUGAUACACAUCCCUUGUUGCUGGAACAUGUUGAAAUAUCAUCAAUCAAGAGUGUUGAACAAUUGAGGUCAGAAAAUCCAGCUACAGGUGCUGCAAGCAAAGGCGUAAACGUUUCAAAUGCUAACCAUACACACACCGAGCAUCACAAAAAGCCAUGUGACAAAACCCUGCCAAAGACUUCGGCUUUUAAAGAGCUUAUUGGAUUAAGAGCUCCUCAGUGCACAUCAGAUAUGAUGUGGAAAGAUCUGAGACAUCGAAGGGAUAUGACAGAUGUUCGAGUGCUGUUUAGCCAACAUUUGGAUGAAAGUGUCAUCAAGCAGCAGAAAAAGAUCUUGACACGUCUCAAUAUAUCUGUUGCAGCAAGUUCAAUGGAGGCCACACAUUUCAUAGCAGACAAAUUUACACGCACAAAGAAUAUGUUGGAAACAAUGGCUCUUGGGAAAUUAGUUGUGACACCGUUAUGGCUUGAGAGUUGUGGACAAGUCAACUGUUUUAUUGAUGAGAAAAAUUACAUUCUGAGGGAUAUGAAAAAGGAAAAGGAAAUAGGCUUUAGCAUGCCUGUUUCUCUUGCUAGAGCAAGACAGAAGCCACUCCUAAAGGGUAAAAAGGUCUACAUCACGCCACAUAGUAAACCUGAUAAGGAUGUGAUUGCAAGUUUGGUCACAGCUGUUCAUGGCCAGGUAGUAGAUGAAAGUAAGGCAUGUGCAGACAUGAAUGAUAAUAUCUUAGAUGAUCUAUUGAUUCUUUCUUGUGAAGACGACUAUGCAGUAUGCCACCAUUUCCUUAAGAGAGUCUACAUAAAUAUACAGGAGCUGCAGUUUACAGUUCAGAGGUUGUUCUGAAUGGAAUUGUAAUUCAAAAAUUAGAAUUUGAGAGACAUCAACUCUUCAUUAAUCAAGUUACAAGGAAUAACACAAGUACGUCUAAUCGGUUUGGGAAGGUUUACAGAAGACGUUGAGGCCUUUUUUCUGGACUGUAGCUGAUUUUUGAAAAUGUUAUUCAGGUCUACGGUGGAGCUCAUAAAAGUAAUGGUGGUCACUCGUCCCAGAUGUUUACUUACGAGGGUACUUGUGCAGUUACUUUCAAAUGAAACUUUGUCUUUCUUUUUACUUUGGCAUGUUCUUAAGAUAAUCAAAUGGAGUCAAAGGAUAACUACAGAGCUGGGGAUUUUCUUUUUUAGGUGCAAGGGAGUACUUUAAUGUAGUAUAUAAGUUGACCAGGGUCAUUGACAUGAAGAUUCUCACAAAUUUGUAGAUAUACAAUGUAUGUAUUUUUUUUCUUGGUAAAUGCUCAACAUUGCCUGGCCCAGCUGCAUUCUGCACAUGUAUAACUGUUGAAUUUCGUUUUUGUUUACUUCUGCCGCAUGAUAGAUCCCAUGUGCACAAAUUGUCACGUUGCCAGAUUUUUUUCAUUUGGAAGACCAUUUAAAA